AUGGUCCCUGUUUCUGCUUAACUUGCCCAGUGAGCUACGGCGCACACUGGUAGGACUCGGAUAUUCUAUUCUAACACUUCAAUGGAGGAACAGCCCAAAGAUCGGGCACAAGAUAGACGAUAUCACCACUAUGGAGAAGAAAGAAAUCAUAUUCAAUACAAAUCAUCUCUAAAAAAUGAUCAGAUCUACUUCCAGUACCAGGAAACGCAGACGAAGAAAACAGGCAAUGGGAAAAUAAACACCAGUGACGUGGAGGGGGAGAAGAUACUGUCUGCAAAUUAUUUUUUUUGUAUCCCUCGUCCCACCAGCAGCAAUGGUAACAGACAUUUGAUAAACACUAAUGUAAAACAGAAGUCAACACGAAAGGUUUAUACCACAUUUUCAAAAAUGGACAGCAAAGAAGGUUUUGAUCACAAGAAGAAUAUGGACAGCGACAAGGACUUGGAUUUCACUAAUGACUAUGAGGGCAAGCUGUUGGACAAGGAUUCUGCUUUGCUUCUGAAUGGGGUGGUAAACUCUGCUCAUAUUACCAAUGGUUACUCCAGCAAGUCACCCCCUGACAACGAUUGCAGUGGCUCAGAAAGUGGAUAUACUACUCCUAAGAAACGCAAGGCCAGACGCAACAGCAUCAAGAACACAGAGCAUGUGACAAGUGAAAAGGAGAGAGCCAUGCAGCAGGGUAAUGCUACACAGGAGCCAGAAGCUUCUGGACUUGAACCAAUGGAGAAAGCGGUGAACUCGAGACUUGUCCAUAAAGCAGAUGCCCAGACAGCAGUCAGGCAGAUGGGGGCCCCAGAAGUGGCUAUGGGCGAGUUGCAGAAGAAAAACUCAGACAGUAAAACUGCUGCAGUUGCCUUUGGUAAAAAGUUUGAGGAUAGGCCCAAAGCCAAGCUCUCAACCUCUACAAAAGAGGACUCUUGGACUUUAUUUAAGCCCCCUCCCGUAUUUCCUGUGGACAACAGUAGAGCUAAAAUAGUGCCCAAGAUCAGUUAUGCAAGUAAAGUUAAAGAGAACCUCCACAAAGCAGCCCAAGCUGGAGGAGAGAUGCAUCCUCCUCAGUUGCCUGAUAGAUUAUCACAGGUCCCCAUGUCUGCUAUGAAAACCAUCACCUCAGCUAGCAUUACUAAUGGUCCUGUUUCUGGAGAUGGAAAUUGUUAUCCCUCUGUUGGUACCUUCUUUACUCCUGCUGCUAGUAGUAUUCCACCAGCCCCCUCUCUCCCAUGCGGGGAGAACGUAGCAUCCUUUUUGGACAAUGACUGUAGUUCUUCAACCAACCUUACAGCAGAUCUGAGAAAGUGUACUCUUUUCAUUUACCCCCUAAACCCUUUAAAUAUGCAACCUGUGCUCCCGAGUGCUCGCCAAGUGGACACCCCGGCUGCUCAGACAAAUCAGAAAGCCUUGGGGGACAUCUUCCAGAAUCAGUGGGGGCUGUCCUUCAUCAAUGAGCCAAAUGUGGGGCCAGAAGGUGGAAGCGGGCCGGUAGCUGCUGUGGAGGGAAAGGCUACGGUGGUCACAUUUCAAGGGGAGCCAUGCCCUGCUGUUGCAGCUGAACCAGGCCUUGACGCUAGCCUAUUAAUCCCCGAGCCUUUCCUUCUCACUUUGGCUCAAGACUCAGAGAAAAGGACUAGUGCCCCAGCUUGCCCCCCUGCUACAAUAAAGGGUGAGGAUGGGGUAAAGGCUCAGCUGUCUGGACUGGAUGAGACAAAGGUUGAGGUGAAGGGUCUAGGUGCAGUUGUGGCCUCUGGUAAAGACAUUAGUGAUGAGCCUGCACAGGCCCCCCUGACCAACCUGGUGUUGGGUCCAUCUAAAGAGCAGACCCACUCUAAGAGCCUGGACAGAGGUAGCUGUGGGUUGUUUGAUCUGAAAGCUGCUGUUACUUAUCACACUAAAGAAAUGGAAUAUGUUUUCAAUUUGCAAAAACAAGAUCCAAAAAGAGUAGUCUUCUAUGACAAGACCAAGGAUGGACCUGAUCAGUGAGGUAGUGAAUGUCUGUCAACACUAACCUUCUCCCUACCUGGGUGCUGCAGUUAUCUUUUUUGGCGGUUAUAAUCCCCUUGGAAAAACAAAAUCGAGACAACUGUGAUAUUGGGACUGACGGAUGAGUGUCCUGUGACAGACUUUCAUUGGAAAUAUAGAAUGGCAUAAUGGGGACACAUUUUUUGCCGGGGGGUGGGGGGCAUCGCCGCAGAGGAGAGAAAGACGAUGGGAAGGGUAAUGUGAGGACAUAUAAAUCCAAGUAUUGGAAUUAAUUUGAGCACAGAAGCUUCUGCUGACGCUCUGGACUACACAAAGACGCAAACACUUGAAAGAGAUGCUGGGUGCCUCAGACUCCCAUGUGAACGGACACUUGUGACACUUUCUGCUGUGUUAGACAUUGGUCUCAUAGCGCCUUCCUCUGGGUGUUGAGGAGAAAUAAGAUGAAGGCCCAAACUGCACCUCCCAAGCCUUUAUCCUGUUGCCCAUUGAACUAUAUGGCGAGUAUCGGUCUUACAGUAAGAUGCCUCAAUCAUUUUAUGUCCUCAUGCAUUCAAAUUAUUCCAAUAUAUGUAGAUCUGUGCUAUGAUUUAUACAUACACAUCAGUAUAUGUGCAAAUUUGAAUUCAUUUUGAAAUAAAAUUAACUAUAAGCUCAGAUAAGAAUGCCUUGAAACUGAAAGAUUACGAGAAGACUGUUAGGCUGCAGGUUAAAUGAUAAAAACAUUUGAGGGAAAGCAUUUGUCUUAAUUACUUUAGUGAAAUAACUAUGCCCAGCAAAGAACUGACUGCUGGGUAUCUCUUGACACCUAUUUUGUUUUGUAUGGUUUAGCGAUUUCAGAUGUGAUCUACAGUAGGAACAAACUCCCAGAGCACAGAUGGGUUCAUUCUAAUCUUGUGGUUCGGUUCUCACUUUUAGGUAGGCAUGCUAAUCAGUUGAAAAAACAGUUUUAUUAUAUAAUUGUCUUCAUCUGAGUUUUGCUUUUAUGUUUAUUAUUUUGACUCUUCUUAAGCCCUUGCAGUUGUCAGUCCACAUGUUUAAUUAAUUUCAAAUUAAGAUGGAUGUAGGCUGUUCCUUAAUUUGUAGUUUCUCUUGAGCUAUUCACCUGAUUGUGGGAGUUUUAUGAAAGAUGAGAAGUGACUUAUUGUGGCACAAGGGCUAUCUAUGUAUGUGAUGUUUUUUUUGUUUUGGUGUAUUUGAUCCGUAAGAGGCUCAAGAUGUCAGUAAUUCAUUAGACCUACCUAGGCUAUAUUUGCUGAUACUACAUGGAGAAAUGGCUCAUUUCCUUAUUUUCUUGCUCAAGCAAUUUGCUUUUCAUCUGCUUUGUGCUUUUU